AUGUUAAUUGAAUAAGGAGAACCUAAGAUUAUAGUAGCAGUUCGUAAGAGACCAUUAAAUAAGAAAGAGAUGAAUAAGGGCGAUAUAGAUAUUGUCGAUGUUUCUAAUUAAUAAAGUUAAGUUGUUGUCAAAGAAUAAAGGUAUUGAUUAUUUGAUGGAUCAUUAUAGAACAAAAGUUGAUUUGACUAAAUAUAUAGAGGAGCAUUAAUUUAAUUUUGAUGCUGCUUUUGAUGAAAAUACAACAAAUGAGCAACUAUAUUUAUAAAUAGUGAGACCAAUUGUUGAAGCUGCAUUUAAUAAGGCAAAAGUAACAUGUUUUGCAUAUGGAUAAACAGGAUCUGGUAAAACAUAUACAAUGCUUGGUGAUUAUUCAGAAAGAGUGCCUGGUUUAUAUUUAUUAGCCGCUUAUGACAUUUUUUGUUUAUUAAACAAUGAAUGUUAUGGCCAUCUCUAAAUAUCUAUAUCAUUUUAUGAAAUCUAUUGUGGGAAACUCUUUGAUUUAUUAAAUGAACGAACAUUAUUACAUGCAAGAGAAGAUGCAAAAGGAAAUGUUAAUGUAGUAGGAUUAUAAGAAAGGAAAGUACAAUCUGUAGAAUAACUAAUGAAAGUGAUAGAAUAAGGUAGUGCAUCAAGAAUUACAGCAUCAAAUUCAUCAAAUAAUGAUUCAUCAAGAUCUCAUGCAAUAUUAUAGAUAACUUUAAAAGAUGGUAAUAAAUGUCAUGGAAAAUUAUCAUUCAUUGAUUUAGCUGGUAGUGAAAGAGGUGCAGAUGUAAGUGACACUAAUAAAUAAACUAGAUUUGAUGGUGCUGAAAUUAAUAAAUCAUUAUUAGCAUUAAAAGAAUGUAUUAGAGCAUUAGAUUUAAAUAAAAACCAUACUCCUUUUAGAGGAUCUAAAUUAACUUUAGUAUUAAAAGAUUCUUUUGUUGGUAAUUGUAAGACUGUUAUGAUUGGUAAUUUCUCACCUUCUAAUUCAUCAUCUGAACAUACAUUAAAUACAUUAAGAUAUGCAGAUAGAGUGAAAGAAUUAAAAAAACCUAAUGAUAAAGAUUUAAAAGAUUAAGUUACAUCUUUAGAUAAAUUAGCUAGAGAAUUAAUGUUACCAAGAUAAUAAUAACCUGUUAAAAAAUAAACAUAAGUUUAAUAAUAAUUUAAUCCUUUUAAAAAUAAUCCAUUAUAAAAUUAUUAGAAUUAAAAUCUAUUUUAACAAUAAUAAUAACCUUAAUUUUUAAAUUUAUAAAAUUCUAUUCCUGGAAUGAUGAUUCCAUAAUAAUAAUAAUAAUAAUAAUAUUCAUAUCAAAAUUAUAUUUAACCUCCUCCUCCAUAACCUUAACCAAUGAUCCCCUUAUAAUAAUAAUAAUAACCAUAAUUCAAAACUAAUGAAACUAAAAAUAAACAUUCCUUUUAAAAACCAACUCCAUAAUUAAAUGAACCUCGUCCCUAUGUAAAUGAAAAUGUAUUUCCAGGACCGAUUGAACGUAAAUCAAGUAAUUUUUAUUAAAAUAUUUUUAAGAAGUAAAUCAAUCAAUGGAAGAUGAUUUAAUGAAAAUAGGAUAAAAACAUGAAUAAUUAAUAAGUGUAAUAUUGGAAGAAGAAGAGAAUUUGAUAUCUAAUCAUAGAUCCCAUAUAGAUUCUAUGGUUGAAUUAGUUAAAUAAGUAUUAUUUAUAUGUAAUUAAUUUAGGAAAUGAUGUUAUUACAUAAUAUUGAUAAACCAGGAUCUGAUGUGGAUGAAUAUGUUAAAGGAUUAGAUUAGAUAUUGUUGACAAAAAUAGAAGAAAUUUAAACGUAAAAUUAUUUUAUUAAAUUUAAUAGUUUACAAUUUUAAUUGUAGACUUUCAGAUCACAUUUGUCAGAAGAAGAAACUCUUUAGAAAUAAUUUUAUUAAUAAAGAUAACAAAUGACAUAACAAGAAUCUGAAGGCUCUGAUAUUUUUAAAUGA